UUAAAUAUUAUUUUCUCAUCCCUUUGUGCUUCCCCGAUUGCAUUACACGAAACUCGAUUAUUGGCAUAAACAAUGCAGGUAAAUACCAUAAUAUAAAUACCCUGACACUUAUGCGGGUGCUGCGUGAUAAAUACGGCAAUAUCGUCAAACUUGACGGCAUAGGAAAGGAACAAUCGAUGAUCUACCUAUUCUGUCCAGAGUUAUGCAAAGAUAUGUAUCAGUUGCAAGGUAAAUGGCCGACGCGAAACUCCCUGGAACCUUUGCAUUGCUAUCGCCAGUCCAGAGAACACAUCUAUAACGGACAGUACGGUCUCGUAACAAGGUCAGAUAGUCAUUGGAAAAGAUGUAGUCAAGCGCGUCGUAUUCUCUCCCAGGGAGAGUUGUGGAGCAAUUUUCGAUCAAAAGUCGCUCCGCACAUGAUACGACCGGAAAUAGUCAAAAUAUACUCCACAUACAUCGACGAGAUAACUAGCGAUCUCGUAGAGAACAUGCGAAUGGUGCGGGAUCCUGAAACCCUGGAGUUGCCACAUGAUUUCAUAAACGAAUUAUACAAAUGGAGCUUAGAAUCGAUGUGCUCGAUCGCAUUGAACUGCCGACUGGGGUGCUUAAAAUCCGAUCUUACCAUGGACUCGGAACCGCAGAUAAUGAUUAAUUCUGUACGGGAAGUCUUCGAUCUCAUUUAUCUUUUGGAAAAUACACCAUCUGUAUUCCAGCAAAUUAAUACGCGGAAUCUCGAAAGGCUAUUCUGUAUUUUAGAUACGAUUAACGAAAUCUCCGAGAGAUAUGUCGAGGAAGCCACGAUGAAGUGUAUGGAGGCAACAAAUAAUACGAAUCUAGACAAUUAUAGUAAAUUGCAGAAAUUCGUGCCGGAAACGAAAUUUUUGGAUAAUACAAAACUAGAAAACCGUAGUAUACUAGAGAAACUCUUACGUAUCGAUAAACAAAUAGCCAAUGUAAUGGCUUUAGAUAUAAUAAUGAGCACUGAUACGACUAGCAAUGCAGCUGCCGCUUUGCUAUAUUGUAUGGCAAUUAAUCGGGAAAAACAGGAAACAUUACGAAAAGAAGUAAUGUCUGUGUUACCUGACGAAGCAACCCCUGUUACAUAUGACAUCCUGAACAAGAUACCAUAUACUAAGAGUUGUAUCAAAGAAUCUUUGCGAUUGUUUCCCAUCACCAAUGGCACUUUAAGAACUAUGCAGAAAGACGUUUCCAUAGGAGGAUACAUGAUACCGAAAGGAGCAGACGUUAUAGCUUGUCACGCGUUGCUCUCGAUGGAUCCCGCCUAUUUUUCGCAACCGAACAGUUUUAUUCCCGAGAGAUGGAUACGGGGCACUUCCGAAUAUUCGUCAUACAAACAAUCGCAUCCCUAUGCGUAUAUGCCUUUCGGUUUCGGUGUUCGCACUUGUAUUGGACGUAAAUUCGCCGAGAUGAAGCUCAAGAUAGUACUCUUAAAAGUAAUACGAAAUUUCCGGAUUGAAUGGCACUAUGGACCGCUCGAAUACAAAAGCCAGGUUACAAACACGGUGACAUCACCGCUGCGACUGAAACUUUCCAAUUUGUAG